UAUAAGCAAGUAUCUUUGUUUGUGGAAGCAACUUUACUGUUUCAAGAAAACCUCAGAACACAAACAGGAUAUAAUGACAAAACAAGUGGCAAUAAUUGGAGCUGGAUGCAGUGGGCUAGGAGCCAUCAAAUGUUGUCUGGAAGAAGGUUUGGAGCCAACAUGCUUUGAGAAGAGUGAUGACCUUGGUGGACUUUGGAGGUACACAGAAAUGGUAGAAGAAGGAAGAGCCAGUAUUUACAGCUCUGUGGUAACCAACACCUCAAAGGAGAUGAUGUGUUUUUCCGACUUUCCCAUGCCAGAUGACUUCCCAGCAUAUUUGCACAACUCAAAGGUCUUGCAAUACCUUAGACUCUAUGCUGAACACCACCAGCUACUGAAAUACAUCCAGUUCAAGACUGAGGUUUGUUGUGUGACGAAGCAUCCAGAUUUUGCUAAUACCGGCCAAUGGGAAAUUGUAACUGAGAAGGAUGGGAGGCAUAAGAAGAAGACAACAUUUGAUGCCGUUUUAGUUGGCAAUGGCCAUUUUUUUAAACCGUAUCUCCCCCUUGAUUCUUUUCCAGGUAUAGAAAAAUUUAAAGGCCAGUACAUUCACAGCCGUUUCUAUAAGAAAAGUCAAGAUUAUCACAAGAAAAUUGUACUGGUGGUUGGAAUUGGAAAUUCAGCUGGAGACAUAUCUUCUGAAAUCAGUGGCACAGCCAAACAGGUAUAUCUCAGUACACGUCAAGGAUCCUGGGUGCUAAGUCGUGUUUCACAACAAGGAUUUCCAUUAGACAUGAUGUUCUCAACACGGUUUCAUUUCUGGAUUACUAAUGCUUUAUCUGAUGGUGUUAGAGCAAAGAUGAUUGAAAAACAGAUGAAUGGGUGGUUUAACCAUGCAAACUAUGGUUUACAGCCUAAGGACAGGUCUACGUUAAAAGAACCAAUUGUAAAUGAUUUCCUUCCCAGCAAUAUCCUGUGUGGAGCUGUCCGAGUAAAACCCAGCAUCAAGGCAUUCACAGAGACUUCUGUCAUUUUUGAGGAUGGAACAGUAGUUGAAGACCUGGAUGCGGUUAUAUUUGCCACUGGAUAUAGCGUCUGCUUUCCUUUCCUCGAUGACUCUAUCGUCAAUGUUAAUGAGGACAACAAAGUCACACUGUAUAAAUAUGUAUUCCCUCCGCAUUUAGAAAAGCCAACACUGGCUUUUCUGGGAGUCCUCCAACCAUUUGGGGGUGUCAUACCGGUCGUGGAACUACAGUCCCGCUGGGCCACUAAAAUUUUUAAAGGUGCUGCUUGUUUACCUCCGGUGUCCAAAAUGGAAGAUUAUAUUAAAAAGAGUGAGCAACUCAGAGCUAAGAACUUCACCAAGUGUAGAAAUCAGAGUCUUCAGGCGCAGUAUGUUGAGUACAUGGAUGAAGUUGCAAUGGAAAUUGGUGUCCGUCCCAACAUAAUGCGCUUCUUACUUACAGACCCCAAACUUGCUUGCAAAGUCUUCUUUGGGCCUUGUACACCCUAUCAGUAUCGUCUAACUGGCCCUGGCAAAUGGAAUGGAGCCAGGAAAGCUAUCCUGACCCAAUGGAACAGGACUCUAAAUCCAUCCAGGACCCGUGUUGUUUACAAUUCUCAAGAAUCAAAUUUUAAGAGUCACUUAGGUUAUUUGAGUUUGGUAGCAGCUAUCUUCAUAUGUUUAUUUUGCAUUGCCUUAAGUUUGUUACUUUAAAAGCUGUUGUAUCGUUUACAAUUGUGUGACAAUCGGGGCCUGUGGCAGCUGUGCCUUGGGCCCCUCCAACAGCCAGCAUAGCCUGGAGGUCGAGGUCUGUGCAACCACUGACAUGGACAUCUUUAG